ACAGACCUUUCUUUUGUGGCUUUGCCCAUUCAACGUUCUCAAUUCCUUAGUGCUAGUCUGUCUGUGAAUCUGUGAAAUGGUGUCCUCUACUUACUUUAUAGUUCUUUUCCUUGCAAUCACAUUCACCAGCAAUGUGUGGUCUCAACAAAUCCCACCUGAAACAAGAAUAGUUGGUGGUAUUCCAGUUCAGAGGGAUGCACUGAGACAGCAAGCAUCAAUUCGGUACAAAAGUUCUGAUUCAACUUUUGGCAAUGGUCACGUCUGCGGUGGAAAUCUCAUAUCAAACAACACCGUUCUCAGUGCUGCUCACUGUUUUGUUGAUGAUCUAGGAAGGCGAAUUAGUGUUUCAGACAUUCGUGUCGUUGGUGGUAAUUUACUUCUUACCGAACAAACACAAAAUACAUUCACUUCCGAUGUUGCAAGAUUAAUUAUUCAUCCUGGAUACAAUAGGAAUACAUAUGCAGAUGACAUUGCCAUCUUAAUUCUCAAGACAAUUGUACCAGCGAGUCACUCAAGCUUCCGUCCCAUCACACUCCGUUCAGUUCCCGUGGAUAGCAAUACAACGUGCGAAAUCUCCGGUUGGGGUCAUACAUCAGAAAAUGGUCAGGGAUCAAAUUCCCUUCUCACGGCCAAUGUUUCCAUCAUUGACUUCAAUGUAUGCAACAAUGCAUACGGAAAUUCCCUGAGAAGUGGAAUGAUUUGUGCGGGGCGGAUGCAGGGCGGAGUUGAUACAUGUCAAGGUGAUUCAGGUGGGCCACUCGUGUGCAACGGGCUGCUGACUGGCAUCACUUCCUUUGGUAACGGAUGUGCCAAACCUGGCUUCCCCGGCGUCUACACCGCUGUCCACUCAUACCACAGAUGGAUUAUAGCAAAUGCAGCCCAACAGUUAAGAAUUAAUUAUCUCUUCCUCUCAAUUUGUCUCCUCUUGGGUGCCAGGAACAUCGCAAGGGUGCUGUAGCCGUGUCACGACGUUCCCUAUAAUUGUAUCAUUUAUUAGAGAUAAUAGAGAAUUAAACGAAAUCAGUCAAUAAAUUAAA